UGUUCAACAUCCUCCUUGUGCGACAUCUGCUGCUCGUCCCGCUCGCUGUGAGAACAUCCUGAGCACCAUGGGCUGCUGCCUCUCCAGGGCCAAGCUGGACCCAGAGCUCCGCGGAGGCCUCGCCCACCCAGCGGCAUUGGACCAGCACAGACCCGUAAUCGUGUCCCUGUACAACUACCCCAGCGGGGGGCCAGAGGACAGCGCCAUCACCCUGGGAGAGAGACUCAACAUCCUGUCCGACGAAGGCGAUUGGUGGAGGGUGAGCUCCAGCGCCACCGGCAAGGAGAGCUACGUCCCCAGCAGCUACACGGCCAAGGUGUUCCACAGGUGGCUCUUCCAGGGCAUCACCAGAGAGAAGGCGGAACAACUGCUGCUGCUGCCCCACAACCAGGUCGGCUCAUUCCUGAUCCGGGAAAGCUACACUCACGCCGGCGCCUACUCGCUAUCGGUACGUCGGAACACGAGGUCAUCGUGUGACUCAGUCAAACAUUACCGCAUCCACCGCCUUCCCAACGGCUGGUUGUACAUCUCUCCCGGCACCACGUUCUCCUCCCUCUUCCAGCUGGUCGACCACUACUCAGAGGUCGAGGACGGCCUGUGCUGCAUUCUGGGAGAGCCCUGCUUCAUCCGCGGCUACAACAACGUCCCUGUGGUGACGGGAUCCAUGCCCACCCCUGUCAGGAAGCCGCCCAUCAACUGGAAAGAAGUGGACAGCUCCAUGAUCUUCAGCCAGGACCCCACGGACACGGAGGACACGCCGGUGAGCGAGGGUCUACGGGAAGCCAUCAACUCCUACCUGCUGCUCACAGACGAGGCCACGUGCGACGACUGUGGGAAAAGCUGGAAGACGUGACGACCGGCGAGAUCCAAUGGCGUCAGUCCAACAGGAGCACGUGCUCCCCGCAGGAGGCACCGGAGAACUUAGACAGAGCCCUCUAGCACUGGGGUCAUGGUGCUGGACUCUGAUCUGAAACGCAGGGGGAGGAUCGCCAGGUCCACCCUGACCCCCUGAACUAGACAGGACAAAGGAGGAGAGGGGAAGCUGAAUUCGAGAUGAUGGCAGACAUCAGGCCUGCAGGGGUCCGGAUUGUGUCACCUCUCAGGAGAGAGCGCCCGGAUGGAAGACCUCCACUCACACGGAGUCACGUGGCGAUGUCUGCAGGGUCUACAGGGACUCUUCCUUAAAAUCAUUUAUAUUUCUGAAGAAUAUUACACUGACUAGCUCACGGGAGGCACUCGCAGCCGGAACGGCACGUAACAGAAAACCGCCGAGUCAAAACCGAUGUAAGAAAGUUUCCAUUAAAGGAAACGCCACAGAUGCACAGCUGAACUGAUGAACCCAUCUGGAGAACAGCAGAACACCUCCGAAGGAGAGCAGAGCCGUACCGUAGCGUUUCAGGCCCUUUGGCUUUGUGAGCUAAACUGAUUUUCCAUUAAAAGCAACUUAUAGAAAUUA